AUGGCUGUUCACCACAACAACGUCCUCCACAACAACCACUUCCGCAAGGACUGGCAGAGGCGUGUCAAGGUCUGGUUCGACCAGGCCGGCGCCAAGAAGCGCAGGCGCACUGCCCGCCAGGUCAAGGCCGCCAAGCUCGGUCUCCGACCCGUCCAGCCCCUCCGCCCCGCUGUCCGAUGCCCCACCUUCCGCUACAACAUGAAGAUCCGCUCCGGCCGCGGCUUCACCAUCGAGGAGCUCAAGGCUGCCGGCAUCCGCAAGAAGGAGGCCCGCUCCAUCGGCAUCCCCGUCGACCACCGCAGGCGCAACAAGUCGGCCGAGUCGCUCAAGAUCAACACUGACCGCCUCAAGGCCUACAACGAGCGCAUCAUCGUCAUCCCCCGCAAGACGAAGCAGAACAAGGACAAGAAGGUCGACCUCUCCAACGUCACCGCCGCCCGCCAGGUCCAGGCUGUCCUCCCCCUGCCCGCCUCGAGCGUCGCCGAGGCUCCCCGUGCCAUCACCGCCGAGGAGAAGGAGUUCCAGGCCUACAAGCACCUCCGAACCACCCGUGGCGCGCACCGCCAGGCCGGCUACCUCAAGGCCCGCCAGCAGAAGAAGGAGGAGGAGGCCGCCAACGCCAAGAAGUAA